GAUUCAUUUCCCAUAUUGGAAAUCUUAGUUGAAUUUGUACCCCAAAGUCAUGACGUCGCAUCUGUUUCUCUUGAUAAUCUUAGUAAAUGCUUGUGCUGGAGCAUUACAAUUGGCAACUUCUUCCACAAACGAGCAUCAGGAAUCCUCACAAAGAAAAUCUGAUAUACUGCGACAGCUACUAAAUCAAGAGACAUUGAUACGAAUGUCUCUUGCAAAAGACGUGCAAUCUCUCCUCAAAAACCAAAGAAAUGCUGAAGCUGAGAGCCAGGGAAGGGAAAAAAGCCUGAACGAUUUGAAGUUGAGAGUUGAAGGACUCGCCAGCGAAGCGGAGUCUCUGAAGCAAAUGGACACAAACCUGACCAGUCAAUUUAUUGCGUUAUUGAGAGAUGAACAGGAAGAAGAGAAGACCGACGAGGCAAGAGACAACAAAAUAAAAAGCCUAGAGGAGAAGAUUCAGGAACUCACCACGAAUCUGACCCAGAAAGUCGGCCCGAUAAAUGUAUCGAAUUUGUUGUCCCAAAUUGCAGGUGUGCACAGUGAGAUCUCAGCAUAUCCGGACAUUGUGGUCCAGGCCGCAUGUGCAGCAAGCUAUCGAGGUGGAUUUGUUUCGGCCGUCAGAAGAACGUGUUCGAAUGAAGCUUCCUCCUGUGACGUGGUCUGUAGAGAGGCCACCUCACAGAUGAAAGCAAAGAUGGUAAAUCAGGGAGGAAAACAAGCACAGUGUGUUCAGACCUUUCAUUUCUAUGGAUUGAAUGGAAACAUCGCACCUGGUGUACCCGGGAAGGUCAACAGGAUAAUGUACCGCUACGACUCCAGUGCCUGCUCGAAACAGUUCUGUGGUCCGAAUUUCUGCUGCUGUACUCUGUAAAAACAUUAUUUUAUUAUUGACAUUUUGACUUCAGAAGUACAUGUAUCAUUUUUUGUAAAUUGCUCUGUUAACCUUAAAAACAAACAAUUGAUGAAUACUAUACUUUAUGCAUUAAAAAGAAAGGAUUGUA